UCGAGGACGGUUUUCCGCCGCGAGGGUAUAAAACACGAGCGGUCGUCGACCAACGGCCGUAUUCGCACACGGAAAAACACACGCGCAUCAUGUGGCCAGAUUUUGCGCUUCGCAAUCGCCAUACGACGAUCGUAUCGAUCAUCACCGUCGCAAUGCUGUUCAGCACCGCCGGAGAGGUCCAUGGAUUGAAGUGCAGGACGACGGAUCAUUCGAACCGCCAAGGAGAGUUUAUCGACUUGGCGGAACAGUGUAACAAUAUGACUUCGAAAGGCGGUGACCGGACGAUGGGCAAUGAUUACUCUUCGUCGCAGUCCGGGGGCGGUGGAGUCGGAGGCGGCGACAGCAACAGAAGGGACACAAGCAGGAGAAACGAUGAGGACAAGAGAAACGACGAGGGCAGGAGAAACGGUGAGGGAGGCAGGAGAAGUGGUGAGGUCCGCAGAAACAACAAUCGGGAAUUCAGCGUGACUCGACAGGACUUCAGCGGUAACGGCAACCGCGAGGAAAGUGGUAACAAUAAUUAUAACCGCGGUGAUGGCUACAACCGCGGUGAUGUCUACAACCGCGGUGAUGGCUACAACCGCGGUGUUGGCUACAAUCGCGGUAGUGGCGGCGACCGCGGCUCUACGUCGUGUGACUUUCAGCCGCAACAGUAUCCCGCACAGGGAAAUUACGGAGACCGACAGAACAACUAUCGACAGGGAAGUCCAUAUUAUCCGAGUGUAGAUUACGACGCGAGACAAUCGAAUUCCAACUAUAAUCAAUGGACGAGACGGAAUCGUAGGCAUGCCAAUAAAAAUAGUAACCGUCGCAUAAAGGCGGCAACGAGCAGUAACAGACUUUUGGGAAACAAUCGUUUCAGAAACGUGACAAAAAACGGAGUGGACCAGGGAAGAGGAUCAAUCCUCGACAAAAUGGAUGCCUGCACAAUUCACUGCGUAUUCAAUCAAUUAGAAAUGCUGAACUCAAAUUCUCGUCCAGACAAACCGUCAAUAGUGAACAUUAUGACCAAUCAAAUAAAAGAUGUCGAACUAAAAGAAUUCUUGCAGGACUCUAUUGAUGAAUGCUUUGACACUCUCGAACUCGACGUUCAUAAUAAUAAAUGUGAAUUUUCUAAAAACUUUGCGAUGUGUAUGGAGAAUAAAGCGCAAAGGAACUGCGACGACUGGGAUGAAAGCGCCUCUUCGAGCAGAUUCAAUUCCGCCCAAGACGGAAACAACCAACAAGACAAAAAAAAAGGAUAUUGAAAAAGUUUCUGCAAUCUUAAUGCGAUUGAUUAAAUUAUUUAAACUAUUUAUUUAUUAAACAUUUAUGUCUACAAGAUUGCUUUGAUUUAAUAAAGCGAUUUUCCUUCAGA